AUGUCGGACAUUGCAGCUAUUCGCAUGGAUGGCACUUCGGAAUACUACAUCAGACGCGACGCUUUCUUGGCCAGAUCUCCCCGCGUCAUUCUUCAGCUUGGAUUGGCCAAGGCAGGAUUAGGCGUCACCAACUUUUUCGCCCACCGUGUGACUGGUCGUGGAACGCUCGCUAUUGCAAGCUACGGAGGCAUUUACCGCCUUGUUCUCGCGCCCAAGGAGGAGUACCUCGUCAACCCUAGACAUUUGAUCGCUUGGGAGGCUGGUUCAUCACCUACAGCUUCGCGUCUGGCUAUCGACCCUACGCAUUUGGCAGAGCCCGAGUCGCGUUCGUCCAAGAUCCUCUCUAACCCCUACGUCGCCACGACAUUGAACAUUGCCUCCCGUCUCGGAGAGCGUCUGGGCAAUGUCCUCUUUGGAAAGCAAGAGUUUGUCCGCCUCCAGGGACCCGGAGAUUUCUACCUCUGCAGUCGCGUCCGCCCGAGCACUGAAGUUUUAAAGCAGAUAACCUCCUCAGCCACCAAGCUUCCCGUCAUUUUCCCUGCCCCCGUUGCUCCCGCACCUCCCAAGCCUACCACCCCUCCAAACACUUUUGCGACUGUGACUCGUGAUGGCCAUGUUACUAUUACCAAGACUGGCUCCGCCGCUGCUGCAUCGUCUGCUACUGCUUCUACGCCUCUUUCGGGAUCGACUCCUCAGAUCAAGCGUCAGGUUAUUGACCACCACGGCGAGGGCUCUACUAUUACCAAACGCGAGUCAAGCAGCGCAUAG